CACACUAGCUUUUCGCGCUUCUUACAUUCUGAUUUUCAAAAAGGCGCUUUUAGUCUUGUGUCCAUCAUGAAUUUGCCCCGCAUUUGGAAGUGUUUCAGCGGUUCGUGAGCAGCCUCUAUAAGCUGUAAAGAUGACUGGCUUGUUUUACCGAAUAAACAUGCUGUUACAGUAUAAUACCUGCGUACUAGUAACAUUCCACGAUAUCCAAUCUUUCUUUAUGUAUACGUAAAGCUAACGGUUCUGUUAUACUCAGUCAGUUGAGCGACAAUAGCAACCCCCGUAUAUGUCCAUACAAAAGCGGUUAAGAGCGUCAAAAAAGCUAAUGAAAUUUCAUUUUGUCUGCAAAAUAAUUAGUAUGUUGAUUGUAGAUUCAAUUCGACUGUUUUAUGUUCCAGGUCUUGUUACUUCGCAACACUAGUAGUGCAACACUGCCCAACCUGAGUCACCAUGGCGACUGGUUAUACAUUACAUCGCGGUCAGCCGUGUGAAGAUUGUCAAGACGUCCCUUAGAAGGGGUGAUCUGCAGCAGCCACAGCCAAACAUCUGGGUUUAAAGGCCCGACUAAAGACCAGCACACCAUCAAAGCACUACUAACGCCAACCAUGGGGGCGCGGGCAUCCUUACUCUGCAACGGUGAUGCGACACAUACAAUAACAGACGACAAAGCAGCGCCCUCCAGACCGGAUAAUUCUACCACACUGAGUAAUGGUGAAACAACAGAGAAAUCUAAACAAGACGAAAGUACAGAUACCCUCUACCACAGCCCAACCUCAAACACUGCUAUGUUCAGCUGCGACAACGACGACUUUCGCCUGUAUAUGGAGGCUGCGUCCACCGUCAGCCGACAAUCAGUUCUCAUUAUCAAUGACGAAUAUGGGACAUCCCGAGGAGGUGUAUCUACUGUGAACAGGGAGGUGGCACAGAUCAUGGCAGCGGUGGGGAGCGAGGUUCAUGUCACAGCUCUGGAGGCCACUGAAGCGGACAGGAAGGAUGCUGAGGCUGAUGGAGUGAAGCUCAUCCUCCCAACUUGUAGUGAGGAAGACACAAGGAAACCCUGUCUGGAUUGGCUGACGUUUGACCACCGAACCCGCUAUCCUACACUCCCCGAGAAGGUAGGGUGGAUACUGGGACACGCUGACAUUACAAGCAGAGCAGCAGCGGCCAUCAAGGAACAACGUUUCCCCCAAGCGAACUUCGGUCUCGUCAUCCAUGUACUACCGGAAGACACCGAGCACUACAAAGAAGAGGAGAAGGCCAUGGGCAUUGGGAAGAAGGAAGAUUCCAUCCUACAAGAUGCAGCAAAGGCAGAUGUUGUGUUUUCUGUGGGGCAUCGCAUCUAUGACCACUUAACGAAUUCUUUUCGUGCAAUCCCCGAAGACAAGAGGCCCACCCACCUCCUCUACUUGCCAGAGCCGUCCAAGUUAUUCCAACAAACUACAGUGACCCACGUGGAAAGCAGGGAGAAAGUUGUUCUGUCAAUCGGCAGGGUGCGCAAGGUAGAGAAGCUGAAAGGGCAUGACCUUGCAGCUGGGUCCCUGGGAGAGGUAGCCGAAGAUUUAGAAGAGAAGGUAAUUUGGCGGGUCCGCGGCAUCAAUCCAAACGACCACGAGCCAAGCAGGAAAAUCCUCCAAGCCAGCAUCAAGUCAGGAAAGCUAAUCCCAACACUUCUUCCCUACGGCACUCAGGAGGAGAUCUGCCGAGACAUACAGCAGGCCCACCUGGUCCUCAUGCCCUCCCGUACAGAGCCCUUCGGCCUGGUUGGUCUGGAGGCCAUUGCAGCUGGCGUGCCGGUCCUCAUAUCUGAACGAUCAGGACUGGCGACUUUGCUGAAGAAGAUCAUCCCAGAAUCCCACCACUCUAUUGUGAAAGUUGAGGGAGACGAUUCCAUCGAUGUCAAGCGCUGGGCAGACAAGAUCAAGAGGGCCUUGAAGAUGUCUGGAGCCGAGUUCGCCAGGGCUGCAGAACUGAAGAGACAGCUGCUGGAGUCCAAAUAUUGGAAGCAGUCGCAUCAUCGCCUUCUGCAGGUGUGCAGCAAAGCAAAAAAAAGUGACCGUGGCAAUGAUGACGCAAAGAAUCAGCCACUGACGUUGGCAGACUACUUCUACACGAUCAGUGAGAAAGUCGGCUCAAACUGGACGGACCUGGCCGAAGAGUUGGACCUCGAUGAUGACGAGAUUCAAGCCGUGAAAGACGCAGAACCGGGCGAUGAGAGGAAGCAGGCGUACAAGGCCAUGGCGAAAUGGCAAGAAUUGGCAGACAGGAAGGCUACAAAGGAGGCAUUGCGAAAGGCGUUGCUGCAGUGUGGCUUGAAAAACAUUGCAGAUGACAUCAUCGGGAUGGAGAGACUCCCCAUUUCGGGUCGUGGGUCUAGUUUCGGCUCUUCCAUCUGCGAAAACGGCGGCUUCUCCACAACAUCGGAGGGUGUCUUCCAGGACAAGCGAGCAAAGAAGUACUACAUCGAGCCUACAGACAUGGAAAAUGUCCACUUCGAUUUGAACAAAGGUUUCCCUGGUAUGGCAAUUGAGAAGAAGGGCAACUGCGACAAUCUGGAAAACCUUCUACAGUGGAUUAGGAAGCAAGAGCCAAAGAUUUUGGACGGUUUAGACUUUGUCAGCCUGAGAGGCCCCCUUGCCAAAUUCCUGGGUACACCUUUCGACACCACCACGGGCUGGACGAUUGCCGUGUCAAAGUUCAAGGGCAUCUGGUACAUCAGUGAGGAGGGGCAGGAGGAGAAAGAGGACCCCCAAACCGCAUACUGGGACCUCAAGUUCAAACAGUACCUGACAGCAGACAAAGAAGGAGGAAACCCAGACACUGAUGCAAAGGUUGAUCCCAAUGAAGGAUUCUUCACCGUCUGGCAGAACAGACUGAUGGGACAGGAGCUCCUCUACUCUGCCAAAGUUGACAGCUGGCUACACGAAUUCAGCCUGAUGUCAGGGUCCUAUGGACAGAUAAAAACCAUCAGGGAGCUGCAAUCCCAAAACCGAAGAGAACGAGAAAAUUUGUACAACCUGCUCCAGCGAACCUGGGCAGAGUCAUUCUGGGUAGAUGGAGGAGAAGUGAUCGUGGGUUUCUUUGAUGACAAAGGCAUGGUUCAUCGGAUGGAAACCCAUCGUGCCGAUCGUGAAAGGCUGCUCAAAUAUGUGGCAAAAAACAGUCGUUAUGCAUGGAAGAUGAUGGGCUGCACAGGCUUCUGUGACUCGUUCUUUGACUUUGUGAAGAAAAUUGCCACUGAGGACAAUCCAAGAGUUGUCUACUUGUUCAAGAGGGCCCCAAAGGACUCUGCUGUGAGGUGUGAGAUACACAGGGACUCUGCAGAGCACAUCUUCCUGCCUGACUGGUACACCGGCAAAGCCUGAUUUGCUGUACCUUCAAUUGGUUC